GCCCCACUCUGGUAUAGAAGGAUAUUACCAAGCGGAAGGGUCAAGCGGGCAGGCGUCAGAAGAACGUCACUUCCGGGUCCGGUCAGGGCCUAGUCAACACAGAACGCUGCCCUAGGAAGGGGAAGAUUAACCUAGCUUUCUGCAGAAAAGAAAAAGACACCCAACACCAGAAGUGUGAGCACCAGCAAGUCCAUUGAAAGCAAGAGUAAAACUUUUUGACUAGAAUGAUGGCUGUAGAGCUAAUGGUGGCUGCAGAUCUGAAUCCCCAGAUCCAGGCUUUAUGGGAAAAAGAAGGGCCUCUAGAAGAAAACUUAAAAGAGAAUUCAAUCCAGAAUCAGGAAUCUGUCCUACAGAGUGAUGAACUUGCUCCUGAGACCUGGCGAAAGCGUUUUAGGAGCUUCCAGUACCAGAUAUCAGCUGGUCCCCAGGAGACCCUUAAUCAGCUUAGGGAACUUUGCCAUCAAUGGUUGCAGCCAGAGAUUCACACAAAGGAACAAAUUUUAGAACUGUUACUGCUGGAGCAGUUCAUGAAUAUUCUGCCUGAGGAAACAAAGACCAGGGUUCAAGAGCAUUCUCCAAAGAGCAUCAAGGAGGCAAUGACAUUGGUAGAUUUGUCAAGCACACUAAUAAUACAGAGAAAAAGAGACAGAAAGAAGAUUCCUGACUUGGAUAACGAGGUUACAGUCCAUGAGCAGGGACAAGUACUCCUGAAGGCAGCACCUUUGGAAGGAUCAUCGGAAGCACCAAGCUUCCAUCUGGAGCCAGCAGAGCCCCAGCCUAUGGGGGUGUUCCAAGAAGAGGAAUUAUGGAGUACCCACUCAAGACUACUGGAACCACUGAGCUGUGACCCUGAAAAUGAGCUCCAGCCUGUGCAGGAGAGGGCUCUGCCUGCUCACCAAGUUCUUGUCCUUCCUGAGGAGAGAGCUAUCAGAGAGUGGGAGGUGGCAUCUGCACUUUUCACACCUGAGUCCCAGAGUCCUGUGACAUUUGAGGAUGUGGCCAUGUAUUUCUCUCAGGAAGAAUGGGAGUUAUUGGGCCCCAUUCAGAAGGACCUCUACAAGGAUGUCAUGCAAGAGACUUAUGGGAACAUGAUUUCAAUAGCAUUGUUUAUGAUUCCCAAACCUGAACUGAUAUCCUGUUUGGAGCAAGAGAAAGAGCCAUGCGUCACAAAUUCUAAGGAGUCCAAAGAGAUCCCCAAAGAUUCUAAUACAGAAAUGACUGAUUCUUCUAUUCAUCCUAAUGAGAUUAAUGCCACAAUUGAGAAUGAAAAGCCUGAGGCAGUACAUCAUAUUCCCUUAGAAAUACAAGUAUCAGAUGGUAUUUUAUCUGAAAAGGCUGAUGGGGAAGUUCUCAAGAGGGCAGAAUUGAAAGAAGUUCAUGACAACAAGUGUAGGGAAGAAAAGCCACAGCACAAUUUCCCUGUAGGAAAGUGGAAGAAAUACUCUCCUUGGAAAAAAAGUCUACGGAAACUCAUGGAGGCCCACAAAAAAGCCUACACAGGAGAAAAACCUUUUAAAUGUCAUAUAUGUGGGAAAAGCUUCAAAGUUAGUUCUGACCUUAUCAAGCACCAGAGAGUCCACACUGAAGAAAGACCCUAUAGAUGUCAAGAAUGUGAUAAAAGGUUCCGAUGGAGUUCAGAUCUUAAUAAACACUUGAUGACACAUCGAGGAAUUAAGCCACAUAGGUGUUCUUGGUGUGGGAAAAGCUUCAGUCAAAACACAAACCUUCUUACACAUCAAAGAACACACACAGGAGAGAAACCCUUUAAGUGUCAUGAAUGUGGAAAAAGAUUCAGUCAGAAUUCUCAUCUCAUUAAGCACCAAAGAACCCACACGGGUGAACAACCUUAUACAUGUAGCAUGUGUGGAAGGAACUUCAGUAGGCGCUCAAGUCUUUUAAGACAUCAGAAACUCCACAGAGAAAAGGAAACAGUGAGUGUCCUCAUUCUGAAGGAAAGCUCAAAGUGGAGCUGAAACCUUAAAGAUACAAUUUAGAUGAAUUUAUUAAUAUUUGAAAAAUGUUAAAGUAAAAACCCCACUUUAAAGAGAAUUUAGAUAGACUAUGCAAGAGGGAAUGGCAAUAUUUCUAGUAUUUAAUGAUUUGUUCUUUUUUUUUUUUUAAACCCUUAACUUCUGUGUAUUGGCUCCUAGGUGGAAGA